GAUCAGGUCAUGUUUGCAGAACACAUGACAGGAGAGGUUUAUCAAGGGAGUGAGGUUGCUACAGCAUUUUACUACUUUCUUGGCUAUGACCAAAACAAGGCAGGCAACCAAGAGACUAUUUACAGAUCCUGGAUGAAGAAGAAACAUUUCUCCUUGAGUCUGGAAAAGAGUUGCAUUACUUGUGUACCAGUCCUUUAUGUUAGGAGGUGGACAUAUUAACCAUGCUAAGGACAUGGAGAUGCAAGAGUUUCAAGUGUGUGUGGUGGCUGAGUGCUGUGCUCCUUACUCUGGUUCAUGGAAGCAACUUCAGUCAACAGUUCCAGGAGAGGCUGCCCUGCCAGCCAGGUUUCUACUGCCCUUUGGGGAGCUUCACUCCAGUCCCCUGUCCUAAGGGAACCUAUGGGCCAACUGCUGGUGCUGUGUCCAUAGACAACUGUCUGAAGUGUCCUCCUCACCACUAUUGUCCUAGACCAGGCCUGUCUGCCUCCCUGCCCUGUGGCCCUGUAGCUCAGCAGCCUCUGCCUGGUCAGGAAACCUGUGUCUGCCCGGAAGAGGGACAGAAUUUCCAGACCAGUGAUGGGCGCUGCCACUGUACCAUUGGAUACCAACCUACCAACAACGGAGAUGCGUGUGUACACAAACUGUACGAUGUCUGCAGAGACGGAAAAACACGAACACAGUAUGGAGACUGUCUGGACAGAUAUCAGUGGUCUCUUCACUGCAGGCAGCAGGUGUGUCAGUCUGCAGAGGACUACCAGGGUUAUGACGGAGAGCUGGGUCUGUGUGUUUGCAGAGAGCCUCCUGGAAGAGCUGCGUGUGGAGGCCUAUGCAGAAGAAGGCCACCUACUGACCUGAAGCUCCAGUGCCUGUCCAAUGGAGAAAUGGAGCUGGUGUGGAGCUAUGGCAGUCAGGAGUCGGGCAUCUCAGGCAGCAUGUUAGAGACAGUUUUUAAACAGUGGGACUCCCAGGGGACUCUUCUGUGCAACAGCCAUCUCAACUCCUCACAUCCUGUCUACAUUGUUCGCACAACAGAUGCAGGCUUCCUCAGCCUCCUCAGCGGCCUCCCAAAGGAACUCCAGAAACUGUUUCCUGUCACCACACAGUGGGACACUCAGAGCUCAGCUGAAAGAGAUUCUGACGCUCUACUUUGGGAGAUCACCAAAGUUGAAAAUAUCAGUCAUGGAGGUAGAGAAAUGAACUCCAGCAGCAGGAAAGGAAACAAGAGUGAUUUCAAGGAAGAAGUGAGAGAAACUGGAGUUCUGAACCCCACAACGUGUCUCCAUUUGGGUGACGUUAUACUGUUCACUGUCGACACACGUCACUAUCCUCAGUAUGAUCUUUACAACUUGUACAACACAAACAGUGACUUCGACUGGGGUGCAUUCAGACAGCUAAAAGAAGUACUGACUCUGUCUCGGACUCCCCCCGGCUUCUUUUCAGUGGUCUUUAGCCAGCCUGGAGUAUAUGUUUUUGCUCUGAGCAGCCAUCAGCACAAACAAUUGUAUGUGCGGGUGAUGCCUGCAGGCGGCCAGUGUUAUGACUCCGGCCCCUUCUUCGCCACCAUCCCCCGUCAUGUGACCAGGGUAGGAAUCAGUAGGAGACGCAACCUGCUACUGAGGCCAGAUUGGCUGGCGACUGGAGGAGUGCUAUUUGGAGCUGUGGUCAUCCUCUGUUUAUGUGUUACACUGCUGAUCUUGUUCCGUGAAUAUGGAUGGCCUGAGAAGGAGCCAAUCAGAGUGCAGUAUCGCUUGCUACAGUUGGCCUACCACAUGGAUGACUACUCAUCAAAAGGUUCAAGGUUGAUCUCACUUAGGAAGAUUCACCGAAACCAACAAGCUAGAAAGACACAAGACUCCAUUCAACCAGCGGUCUGUGCAGAUACCUUGGAGGAGGAGUUCUGGGAUUAUGAACACCAGGUGGAUCUGGAAGCAUUCAGCAGCAACACCUUCUACAGCCUCCUGCUCAGACAGAGUCUGUCUGUCACCACACGGCUGGGACAGCUCACCACUGAAGCAAAGGAGCUAUACCAGGGAGUGCUUGGGAAACUGCAGCUACUCCACCCACGUUUGAUCACUGAGGAGAGGAUGGGGGAGGGUUAUGAGAGGAUGAGGAGGGAAGUGGAAAGGGAGGUGGUUCGACGGAAGACUCUGGCCUCACAGCUGAGGACUCUGCUCGACAGUCAGCUGCAGGCUCUGAGGCAAGAGCAGCAGGCCCAGCAGAGGGUCCACAGCAUGUUCACAGCUCAGCUUAGAGAGUGCACCAGACUACUGUCCAAGGUUUAUAAUGACAACCAGCCAUACUGUGAACUACAUCAGCAAAAUUUGAUCCAGAGACUAACAUCCCUGGUGGAUGAGAUGGGAGAGCUGGUGUCAGCAGAGUGCCAGCGUCAGGGGGCCUGGGGAUUGAUGGGUGAGGGUACAGGAGCCCUGCUGCUCUGCCCUGACACGGGAACUGUGAUGACCAAGGACCACAUCUUUGGUCCUGAUGGGUCCCUGCGUGUCUGUCGAGCACUUCAUUGUGAUUCAGUCACAGGCCUCAUAAGGCCAAAUGCUCACAGCCAUAUGCUGCUAAGCAGUGGCCACACCAUGGCAGUGCCAUCUGAUUUCAUCCUCCACCCACAGACUGGCAGAGUUAUGCCCAUAGCUGGCAACGUGGCUUAUGAUCCUGCAAGCUCUACUUUAGUGUUCACAACUGACGCAUGUACAGGAGACAACAAGAAGUGGGACAGUCCCCUCCUUCCUUUCAUUCCUUACCCAAACUCCCGCCACUCAGACCAGCCUCUGCCUAGCACUUGGCUCAGAGGCCUCAAACCGGGCCAGAGACUGCAGCUGGGUGCUCCCAUGGCAGACCCAGACACAGGGGUCCCAGUGCCCAUUCUGGCUGUAACCAUCCACCCCCAGACAGGACUAGUCUACCCAGUGGGAGGGGUGCAUGUCUGUCCCUUCACCCGCCUGCCACAGCCCAUACAGACUGGCUAUCCCAUGCUGGACUCCAGGACGGGGAGCGUUGUGCUCACAGUUGGGGUUAGUCUAGAUCCAGUAACAGGAGCUGUGCUGCCAGUAGGUGGAGUUCUGCUGGCCGAGUCCUUCAUCGAACCUCUGAGUGGGCGGACGGUGAGAGUAGGAGGGGCCAGCAUGCGGAAUGGGCAACUGUUGCCUAAUGCAGGAGGAUACCAGGCUCUUCUAGACAACAAGGUUCUGGCUGAGAUGUUUAGAGUAUUGGAGCUCCUGAAGCCACUAACUGAGGAGUGGGGGUCCGACCAAACUUUGCAGCACCAUCAGCGCAGUGAGAGAGGGAGUGGUCGACAAGAUCAUCUUCUUGCUGCAGCCAAGGAGCUCCAGCAGGCCAGGGGGAGGAGCCUACACUGCCAGCUGCAGCUGCAGAUCAGGUUGGAGAUCCUGCUGGACUGGGCGGUGGGUCUCCAGCAGGAUGGAGGGACUCUGGGAGAGAUGCCUCUCCCAGGUUCAGAUAUGUGCGUGCCAGUUCUGCUGGGGAUGGAGUACCCUGACCCCAUGGGAUCUGGUCUUAGUGUACCUGUGCUAGGGUGUCAGACUGACAUUGUCUCUGGGAUUAUAAUACCGUUGGCAGGGACCAUGGAGGACCCUGAUGGAAAAGGCCUAGUGGCCAUCCGUUAUGGAUCUCAAACUGUUGACCCAGUGACAGGGGUGUUGGGCUCGGUGGUUGGAGCCAGGCUAGAUGUGUCCAGAAAAAACAUUGUACCUGUCACAGCUUCCUAUUGGCUAACAAUGGCGGAUCAAACUGAUAGUGUGCAGGUAGAGGCGCUGCAGAGAGAGGUGUGUGUGCGAAACACUCACUGGCAGCAGCAGAGGCACCGGGAGGAAGACAUUCUCUCUGAUCUGGACUCAGCUCUAUUCCAGUGUCUCUUUAGAGUCACAGAAGCAAACUCUUAUCAGGUUCAGUGGUCAGCGAGGCAGCUGAGGGAAGGAGCCGUGGAGCUGCAGGAUUCAGCGCAGAUGGAGGCCCAGAGGAGAGUGGUUCAGCACUCCCACUUGGCUCUGAUCUUGCCUCCACAUGUAUUACACAUCCUCACACUGGGUGACAAGGAGGAGUGGGAUCAGCAGUGUGUUUGGCACUCAGCGCUUGUGUCAGGCCUUGAUAAGGUGGAUGUGUGUAUGGAGCAGCUGCAGCAAGACCAAGAAAAAUGGACAACACUGGGGGGAGACUGGGUAACAACCCUCCAUGCUAUGGACAGAGAGCUGAGACAGAGAGAGUUGUGGGAGCAGUGUUGUUGCACACAGACAGAAUUGGAGGCUGCCCUCAAUGUGCUGCACUUUGUCAGACACCUUUCACAGCUCCGUGCCGACACUGCUCAGGCAGUACUGUGUGGGAACUUUUGGUACAAGGAAUAUGGUCUGGUGCAGUGCAGUGGGCACAGACCGACUGUGAAGGUCAUGGGUUUGCUCCAACAGAAGGCUUUGGCUCUGCUGGAGAGACUGAACCACCUCCUGGAAGACAAACAGCCUACCAUCUUCUCUCCCAACACGUGCAAUCAGCACAUCUCUGGUUUGUCAACAAAACAGGCAUUUGGGUUGGAAAUAGCCUCCAGAGUCUGGACAGCCUCUAUGCCUGUGGUGAAAGGAAUCUCCACCCAGUCUUUGAGGGAGCCUGUCAAUUUAGCUCAGUCCCAGGACAUAGGUCUGCAGGCCAGCUCAGCACCGACACACAACUCACAAAGACACACCGCAUCCUCUGGCAUUCACUCCCAAGAGAACCUGCCAAUGAAAGAGUUUGCUCAGCCUACGCAUAUCACUGUCCCCACAAUUCCAGAAGAGGAGUGGACCAAGCUGCUGGAGCUCUCUCCUCUGUUCCAGCUGCUGAAGGGGGUGGAGCUGCAGCUGAAGAGCCGGGCCUGUGGGGCAGGGCUUCUUAGAGGAGAACUCGCUGACAGAGGCAAGAGUUUCGUAGACGUCCUCGAUGCUCAGUGGGAAUGUGAGGGAGAGCUGAUCCCUUUGGACCUGUCCGUCCUUAACCCCAGAGAGUUCCUGAUCUACCAGCACGGACUAUUCCUGAUGCAUACAUUGCAUAAUCUAAAACUGACUCCAAACAUUUCACUUCAGAUAGCAGCUAGUCUCCCAAACAACAACUACUCCAACAACGCCUUCAGAAAUUCCUUCUUUUAUCAGGAAGCAGAGGGGACACUCUUUGUCCGUCGCCAGAGGCUCCAGUCAGUUGGAGGCUUCUCCCUGCUGCUGCUCCACUGUCUGUCCCAUGUCAAAAUGAAAGACAUGAGCUCUGACUCCAGUCCUGCCUUCCAGAGGCUUUUCUUCAAGACACUGCAGGCAUGUCUGGGGGAGCUGUUUAAAACCAGACUGGGCAUUACCCCCUCUGGACAGGAAGCCAAUUUGUGUGAGUGGUUUCAGGACCGAGAGGCCACUUCAGGAGACUUAAAGGGGACUUUGUCAGACUCUCAUACUGCUUCCCUGCUUCACAGGCUUCACAAACCAAGCAGAGGAUUGCUGUCUGAAGACGAAGUUGAGGAACUUCAGAGAAAGCACAGAGAAACAUCUCUGUUCUCUCAUCUUGAAGGACUUUUGAGAGAGAAGAGCUCUGAAGCCACAAAGAAAGGCGAAGACUAGAUUGGGUAAACAUACUGUAUGUGGAGACUUUUAUGCCUCCAUAUUAGUGUGCAAUGUAAAAAUCUAAGUUUUAAUAACUAAAUUGAACCCUAAACCUAAUUCCUACCAACUUCAAAACAUAUUUUCCAACCUGAAAAAUGUUCUAGUUUCAUCAUAAUGUUUAAUGUUACCUUUAAUCAGUUCACAGUUAUUGCAAUUUGUAAAACAGAAUAUGUUAAGCUGACCAAAUUACAUACAUUUUUAAAAUCUGAGUGAAGAGGCAAGGCUAUUAUGCUUUAUUUUGUAUUGAGAUAAGUUAAAUUAUGAAUGUUUAUUGUUCAUUAAAACAGAAUAAAGUAAAUGUAAUUGUGAUACAAAAAUACCAGUUAACGGCAUUUUUAGAUAAUUUUAGGUAAUGUGUCUUCAACAUCUGCUUUUGUGUCUAGUCAAUGAAAAGUAUGGUACCCACUUCAUUUACUGCCCUUAUUUUAGUCAUUGGCAUACUGUACGACAGAAAGGAGAGACCCUGCUGGUAAAGUAAACUCAGAUGUUGGUUUUGUGCAUAAACUGCUCUUAUCAUAUAUUUUUUUCUCUGUUUAAAAUUUCUUUUGCGCAGCAAAUUACUUUGCAUCCCAACUUUUUUCUUUAGUAGUUGUCUUUUUUCCUUAACAGUGAACAUUAUUUCUGACAUUAUUUCAAUUCUUAAUUCACUUAAUUCAAUUCAUGUAAUCACUGAUCACAAAAACAUUCAUGUUGCAGUGUUUAUUUUUUCAAACAAAACAACAAAACAAGUAUUCCAUUGUAAAUGAGAAACAGCUUUCUCCUUAGACAAAUCAUGUUUUUUUGGGGCUUUUACCACCACAAGCAGUGCAUUAUAAUGGCAUUCCUAGGAUAUGUUUAUGGGUGCUUGAUUAAAGAGGAACACAGACAAAGAGAUGUGUGCGCGCGCACACACAUACAGACAUCUGUUUAUACUUAAGGGUCCUGUAUGAAGGAGGAGAACAAAAGCUUUGCUGAGAUUCCAACACUUCUGCCAGCAAAAACAGGCG